GACCAACGUAAAUUAGAUAAUAACGCGCGUCGUUUAACAAUUGAUUUUUUUCGUAUUUCUGUGUUCUUUAAUAUGUCUUCUACAAUUGUUACAAUUGUUCCUUCACCUCCGCACGAGGAAUAUCAAUAUCUCAACCUUAUUAAACAUAUAAUCGAUUACGGUGAACCUCGCGAAGAUCGUACUGGUACUGGAACAAUAUCUAUUUUCGCGCCACCACAACUACGAUUUUCUUUACGUGAUAAUAUUAUCCCACUUUUAACUACUAAACGUGUUUUUACGCGAGCGGUUAUCGAAGAAUUAUUAUGGUUUAUUAAAGGUGACACGAACGGAAAUCACUUAACAGAAAAAGGCAUUCAUAUCUGGGACGGUAAUGGUUCACGUGAAUAUCUAGAUAAAGUGGGAUUAUCUCAUAGAAAACCUGGAGACUUAGGUCCUGUUUAUGGAUUUCAGUGGCGUCACUUUGGAGCAAAAUAUGUUGAUUGUAAUGCAGAUUAUACAGGUCAAGGUGUCGAUCAGCUUCAAGAAGUUAUUAAUAAAAUUAAAAAUCAUCCAAAUGAUAGACGUAUUAUUUUAAGUGCAUGGAAUCCUGCUGAUUUAAAGGAGAUGGCAUUGCCUCCAUGUCACAUGUUUUGUCAAUUCUAUGUAUCAAAUCCGAAUCCUGAAACGCACAUGCGAAGCCUUUCAUGUCUUCUUUAUCAACGUUCUUGUGAUAUGGGUCUCGGAGUUCCUUUCAAUAUUGCAAGUUACGCACUUUUAACUAGAAUGAUAGCUCAUGUUACAGGCCUUGCGCCAGGUGAAUUUAUUCACACUAUGGGUGACGCGCAUAUCUACAUUGAUCACAUAGAUGCACUAAAAGUGCAACUUGAGAGAGAACCCAAGGCAUUUCCUCGUUUGGAAUUUAAACGUGAAAUAACAGAUAUUAGCGAUUUCAAAUUAGAUGAUUUUGAAAUAAUUGGGUAUCAACCAUAUGGAAAAAUAAAAAUGAAUAUGUCUGCUUGA